AUGCCGACAUCGCCUUCACCAAGCCGUGGAGGGGCAACGUCUUAUCCGACCGUUUCGACGCAGCCGUCGCAUCUUUCCAUUCAUCAUCACUCUGAACCCACAGACGAUGACCCACGAACAGCCUCAUCAUCUGCUCGUCCCGGAAAAGACGCUGGAAACCAAACUCAAGCUCACAACAGUGCUGGUUCGUCUCGAUUCAGUUCUCUUCGUCCACUUUCAAGACGCAUCGAUACGGGCGAGCUGGAAGAAGCCGACAGCGAUGCAGCGUCCGAAUUUGACGCUUUCAUGCGCAAGGGCCGCAUCAACGUAGGUCAGGCAUGGGACGAUAGCAGCGAUGAAGAGGAUCAAGAGCAAGCGGCCAUCCACGAGGAUCGUACGCUGCCUCUCUCGGCGACUGGCAACAGUGCAGCGGUCAAGAGAAGGAGGAAAACGAAGCGUGGCCAGCCCGAAUCGGUGCUCCAGUCUCUGCGGCCAACUCGCGAGCACCGCAGAGCAUGGUGGAAGUUCCUCACGAAUCCUAGCACGCCCGCUAGCUUGUCGGCACCGCAUGUCUCGGCGAAUCUAUUCUCGGCGAGCUUGCAUCCUGCCGUGCUGCUUUCGAUGCCGCACUACUUUGCACGCACAGGUAUCGUGGUAGGGAUGAUUGCUUUGGUGGGUGUCGCGGUGCUGGGAGGUGUCGGCGGUGGUCUUUGGGUGGUGUUGAGUCGCUACGUCAACGGCAGCUCCAUCGAAGCGAUCGUGGGCGCCAGCUUUGGCAGGUACACGCCAUGGAAAGGAGGUCUUGGCAGAGUCGUAUCGGGGUUGCUGCUUGCGCUCUACGCAACGGGGAGCGCCAUCAUCGGCUACUUCGCACUGGCCGACCUGCUCCUUCAGGUCUUUUUCAACUAUGCUCCCCGUGGCGUGCCGCUUCACGAUCGAGCGUUUGUGACGCUGGUGGUGGGCGGACUUAUCUCGGUGCCGUUGGUCAUCUUUCCUCUCGCCAAACGCAAUCUGAUCCGGCUCAACACCUUCUUCUCAUUGACGUUCUAUCCCGUCAUUGUUACGAUCGUCUUGGUCAAGAUCUUUGCCACAUCACCGCCUCUAGCGAUGGCCACCCCCUCACCGCAAUUUGAGGGGUUGCAACUACUCCACAUUGGGACGCCCGAUCUCAACAAAGGCAGUCGGUGGCCAAACGCGAAUCCGUUGUAUCCCCCAUCGAUCUGGGCACCCAUCUCGUUGCUGCCGCUGUUGACGCUGAGUGCUUGUCCGCUUCAGAUCCUCGCUCAUCAGCGUAGUCUGCGACGCAUCGGGACAUCACGUUCCAACGUCAAAGCGUUCCUUGGCGCGCAGGCAGGACAGGUCUUGUUCGUCAUCGCUAUGGCUAUUUUGUUCGGCAUAGUAGCUGGAGUGAAGGGCGUUCAAGGCAGAUUGCGAAAGGACGUCCAUCCCAACUUGUUUGCAUCACUACCCAGUGACGACGAUUGGACCAACGUUGCACGUGUCCUGUUCGUGGCAAUCCUCGCGACACAUCUGGCCAUCUGUCUGACGACAGCACGCUCAUCGUGGGGCAGACUGCUGCGGUUGCUCAAUCUCAACCCUCUGCGCAGGCGCAGGCAACCGAUCCAGCUUCCUGUUGACGAUGCCGACGAGAGCGUUUCAGGCGUAGGAUCGCAACUGGCGGGUAACAAUGCAACGCAGGACGAAUCGCAAUUCGGCAAGUGGAAGCGGAAAUGGGGCAAGCCGGCAAGAAAUGCGCUUGCUGGCGUGUUGCUCUGGGGCAUCACUGCCUCGAGCGCCUACCUGUCUGGUGCGGGAGGCUUCCGAAGGAGCGAAAAGGAAGGUGAAGAAGCGAGGUUCACGCGAGCUGCCGAGGUGCUGGGUCUGAUGGGCGCUGCAGUUGGCUUCGUGAUGCCUGGUCUGGUGUGGAUGAUCCUAUUUCACAUUCGACGUCCACGAGCUAUUCUGCCACCGUUUGCGAGCGAGAUCGGCAAGACCGCAUCUGCGUACUUUUCAGGACCAUUGUCGUUGCUGGCUCGCAACCGCAAGUAUCUCUUCGGAUCUCGGGAUGCAGCCGGCGGAGAGGCCGAAAGGCAGCCGUUGCUAGACGAUCAAGGCGAUGAUGAGGCGGCUGAGCAGUCCGAGGCGUCACAGGCAAAGCCGAAUGAUCAACAGUCAGCAUCAGCAGGUAUCGCGACAUCGAGCCGUCACAGUGGAUCCAUCAAUCUGGAUCGCGAAUCCGCCUCGAUCCCGAGUCACUUGACCGAGCAGAGCAGCGACGAUAGAGACGAGGCCACGACAAUCCUGCUGGCCCGCAAGGAACGACAGUUGCAACGGCGAACCCGUGGCAAACGCAUCUAUCAGGACGUGGUCGUGUUCGCCGCGGUUCUUCCGUUCGGUUUUGCCUUGCUCAUCCUCGGAGCCAUUGAACUGCAACGCGGUGGCUAUUGA